AUGACGAGUAAUACCAAUAAUAAUACUGAUCCAAAUGAAGAAUUUCCUCAAUUAUACGAGGAGCUUUUAUAUAAGAAAAAGGAUAUAACAGCUAUUCAGAAAAAACUUGGUAUUAACAGUAAUAUAAAUCAAAUGACAGUGCCAGAGAGCAAGAAAGCGAAAAAACUUGCCGAUUUAUAUGAAUUGUUGUUAGAAUUGGCGAGAGGUUUAAUACCUAUACAGGAGAAACUUGGUAUAGAUAUCAAUUCCGUUUUAGAAGCGGAACUUAGAAGGAAUAAAACCUCAUCAGAUAAACCAAUUAGAUUAUUUGAUUUGCUUUUAUGCUUAGAAGACGAUAUAGUGACAAUUCAGGAAAAAAUCGGUAUUGUUGGUUAUUCUAAUCAAGAAAGGGCAGAAGAAGCUGAUGAAAAUGCAAGAGCGUAUCUCCGAAUGUUUGAGGAAUUUCACGGUCCAUUAGAAGAUGUUCCAAGUGUAUUAAUAGAGAAAUUCAUUGACAAGGGGGUAAAAAAAUUUUGGUUUACUGGUGAGGGACUACCAUUAUUUCCAAAUGUCUCUCCUCAACAAUU